CCCUGCAAGGCGAGUUCCAGAGGAAGCUUUACAAGGAGCUGGUGAGGAACUACAACCCGUUGGAGAGGCCCGUGGCCAACGACUCGCACCCGCUCACCGUCUACUUCUCCCUGAGCCUCCUGCAGAUCAUGGACGUGGAUGAGAAGAACCAAGUUCUAACCACCAACAUCUGGCUGCAAAUGUCUUGGACAGAUCACUAUUUACAAUGGAAUAUGUCAGAAUAUCCGGGGGUGAAGACUGUGCGGUUCCCAGAUGGCCAGAUUUGGAAGCCAGACAUUCUUCUUUAUAACAGUGCUGAUGAGAGAUUUGAUGCCACAUUCCACACCAAUGUGCUAGUGAAUUCUUCUGGGCAUUGCCAGUACCUCCCUCCAGGCAUAUUCAAGAGCUCCUGCUACAUUGAUGUGCGCUGGUUCCCCUUCGACGUGCAGCAGUGCAAACUGAAGUUUGGGUCCUGGUCCUACGGAGGGUGGUCUUUGGACCUCCAGAUGCAGGAGGCAGACAUCAGUGGCUACAUUCCAAAUGGAGAAUGGGACCUUGUGGGAAUCCCAGGCAAGCGGAGCGAGAAGUUCUACGAGUGCUGCAAAGAGCCGUACCCAGAUGUCACCUUCACGGUGACCAUUCGUCGCAGGACCCUCUACUAUGGCCUCAACCUGCUCAUCCCCUGCGUGCUCAUCUCCGCCCUGGCCCUGCUGGUCUUUCUGCUCCCUGCAGACUCUGGGGAGAAAAUCUCCCUCGGGAUAACGGUUCUGCUGUCUCUCACUGUCUUCAUGUUGCUGGUGGCUGAGAUCAUGCCUGCGACUUCGGACUCAGUGCCCUUAAUAGCCCAGUACUUCGCCAGCACCAUGAUCAUCGUGGGCCUCUCUGUGGUAGUCACCGUGAUCGUGUUGCAGUACCACCACCACGACCCUGAUGGUGGCAAGAUGCCCAAGUGGACUAGAAUCAUCCUCCUGAACUGGUGCGCAUGGUUCCUGCGCAUGAAGAGGCCGGGGGAGGACAAGGUGCGCCCGGUCUGCCAGCACAAGCAGCGCCGCUGUAGCCUGGCCAGCGUGGAGAUGAGCGCGGUGGCGGGGCCCCCGGCCACCAACGGCAACCUGCUCUAUAUCGGCUUCCGCGGCCUGGACGGUAUGCACUGUGCCCCCACCCCGGACUCGGGGGUUGUGUGCGGCCGCCUGGCCUGCUCCCCCACGCACGAUGAGCACCUGCUCCACGGCGGGCAGACCUCCGAAGGGGACCCGGACCUGGCCAAGAUCCUGGAGGACGUCCGCUACAUCGCCAACCGCUUCCGCUGCCAGGACGAGAGCGAGGCGGUACGCAGCGAGUGGAAAUUCGCCGCCUGCGUGGUGGACCGCCUGUGCCUCAUGGCCUUCUGCGUCUUCACCAUCAUCUGCACCAUCGGCAUCCUCAUGUCCGCGCCAAACUUCGUCGAGGCCGUCUCCAAGGACUUCGCUUAGCGUGGUCCUCGUCCCCAGCCUGCAGGAAGCGCGUUGGCUUGGGGACAAUUGGGGGGCACUGAUCCCAUUGCAGCGUUCAACGGGAGGGCAUCCGUGUACCCGAUCGCUGUCAAUCACGUCUGUUACAGUUUCCUUGUCACUUUCAGUAAUGCAACGUCAGCACGUUUUUGUUGAAUCCUUUCAGAUCCGUGGAGCGUCCUCUGGGUCCACAGGACCACUGAGAGAGGUCAUUUUGCCCAUCCCUCCUGAUGAGCCCUGCAUAUAGAGGUGGGUGGCUCAGGUCUGCGAGGGAGGCCUGCCCAGUGGGUUUGCAUGCCUGCAUGUCACGUGCCAGGAAGGCCUACAUGACAAUCCAACUAAGCUUUUCCCUAUGUACAAACCUAGAUUGAAACUCCUACUAAUAAUAAACCACACUCGCUAAAUCCAUUCAAAUAAUUGACUGGUGAAAGGAAACAAAACUAAACCAAACUGAAACUAAAAACCCAACGGCUGGUUCUGCUAUAAUUUAGAUUUUAUUUAUCAAAGACAGGUGGUAGAGAGAAACAGUUUUAUGCUGUUUCUGCGUAUUUUGUUUUUGUUUGUUUUUUUAAGAGGGAGAAAGACAUAGUUGGUCUUGUAAAUUAUGCUUUUACCAGUCUGAUUUCUGCCAACCUACCCUGUCAAGGGAAGAACCCGAACCCGACAAGUCCGGGAUUUCUGUAGAUUGCAGGCGACUCCCAAGUUUUCUGUGCUGCCCCCAGACACUGGGCAGUUGAGUAAGUCUGCUCUAUUCUGCAAAACGCAAAGGGCCGUAGAUUCUAUUACAAUUACCAGCCCAAUGUAAUAGCUAAAGCUACAUUAAACCAUCUGUGUGAUUUUUUUUAAUAAUGCUUUGACAGUUCAUAUGUACCGAAGUUGAUUAGUCUUAGAAAUUUGUGGAUCCAUUUAACAUGAAAGUACCCCAUGCGUUUUU